CCCAUCCCCCUUCUCCCCCCCCAACUCGUCAACCCUUCUCCGUCCUUCUUUCCUGCCCAUUCACCUGCAGUUGCAGGCCAGGUAAGUCCUCGCUUCAGCAGGCCACGUCAGGGACCCGGCGCGCAUGACCAUACUUACUCGCUCGGAGACAGCAGCGAUGGAUCAGAAGGCAGGCGAGACUGACGAGGCCUACGAGGCACGGCUGGCGGCCAUCUUGGCCGACACCAAGCAGCGAGCAGACGCAGCGGCAGCAGCACGGAAGAAGAAAGAAGCAGAGGCUGAGAGACUACGACGUCUGGCCGAAGAACAACGGCAGAGGCACGAGGAAGCAGCAGCCAGGGCCGCUGACGAAGAACGCAUACGGCGACGGGAGAUCAUCUUCAGGGAGGAAAGUGCAUUACAUGCACAGGCCAAGGAUUGGCAGAAGGAGGCCGAGAACGGUGAUCCCGUUGACGUGGGGAGCAGAGUAUCUCAACUGAUCAACCGUGUCACGGACCUCCUCGCGACUUGCAUCGCACAGCAGGAGGACAUCUACUCCCUCGACCACACUAACAAGGCGCUGCAACAGUCGUCGGACCGCAUGCUCAAGCGCAUUCAGCAGCUGGAGCAGCAAGUCGCGAACGCCAGUGCCAACGUCGGCCCCUCCGACCUCGUCGACUGCGUCAACGUCUUGGAGAUAGACGGGGGAACACUUAAGACUGGGGCACAGCAGCUGCAACAGCAAGUUUGCGCAGCAGCCGGCCCUGGCACAAUGACACGCGAAAGCAUUGUCAAGUUCGAUGGGCUCCCGAUAUUCUGUGACGCAUCGAAGAACGACCCCAUCCAAUGGUGGCGCCAGUUUGAACUCAAGCUGGAAAUCCACCACGUCAUCGACGCAAAUCGGCACGCCUAUCUGUACUCCCGCUCGGGAGGCGCGUGUCAAUCAUGGCUGGACAAUAUGUUGUCCACCCAUGCAUGUACAGUCACCGAGUUGCAUAAGUACAUCACCUGGACAGAUCUCACGGCGGCAUGGAAGAAGCGUUUCCAAGUUGAACCGCCCGAGCACAAGGCGAUGGACAAGCUGCUGACGUUUUUGCAGAACAGCAUGCCAAGCGGAGACUGGAUAUCCGAGUACCAGCGACUGGCAAGCACGCCCAAGUUGCCAAUGAACUUCGACGGCAUCAAACUCUACUUCAUCAAGAGGUCGUGCCCAGUGCUGCAGAAUGCGUUGACUCAUGUCGCCGACGCCCUCACUACAAGUGAGGAACUUUUCAACAAGGCCGCGCAGAUUAUCGUGACGAAUUUGGCAGCCCGGAAUACGGGCCACUCGUCAAAUGUCGGCCAGGGCGCGCAUCAGCAUCGGCCAAAAGUGGCUGUGGUCGCAGCGGCAACGACUAGCGACCCUUCUACUUCCAACAAGGCUGCUUCGUCUAAUGAGGGAGACAGACUCGCAGCUGCCCAGAAUGGUGGCCGGCCCGCCAAAGGACGAGGACGCGGCAAGCCAAAGACCAACACCAAUACUUCUUUUGGGCCCGAGCAAGCAGCUCCAGCUCAAGGACCUUGGACAGCGUAUGGCCUGACGGAGCGCGGGUAUCGCGUCCGCACCAAGUACCGUUAUUGUUUGUGGUGCAAUUGCGGGGCCCACGAGACCGCGAACUGCCCCACGAAAGCCAAGGGCCCCGCUCAGUCGGGAAAUCCGUUGUCAGACAAGAUUCAAGCCGUCCAAGAUUGGCCGGAGCCACGGAACGUCACGGACGUCCGAUCAUUUUUUGGCCUCGCCGGCUACUACCAACGUUUCAUCAAAGGGUACUCGAAGAUCGCGGCUCACUUAACCAACCUUCAAUGCGAGGACCGGCCGUUUGACUUCGAGACGGACGCGCGAGAAUCAUUCUUGGCCCUCAAGGCCGCAUUGAUUUCCGCGGAGGUAUUGCGGAUAUACGACCCGCUAUUGCCAACGCGCGUCACCACGGACGCAUCCGGCUAUGGCAUUGGUGCCGUCCUCGAGCAACAUGACGGGGUGGAUUGGCACCCGGUCGAAUACUUCAGCAAGAAAGUGUCGGCCGUGCACUCCAUCGACGAUGCACCCGAGAAGGAACUUCUCGCCUUCGUCCACGCACUCAAGCGAUGGCGGCACUUCCUCCUCGGCCGACGCCAGUUCCGAUGGGUAACGGACAACAAUCCGUUGGUGUUCUACAAGUCGCAAGACACCGUCAACAGCACCAUUGCCCGUUGGAUGGUCUUCAUCUACCAAUUCGACUUCUUUCCCGAUCACAUUCCGGGGAAGUCGAACCGCUUUGCGGAUGCCUUUUCGCAGCGUCCGGACCACUGCACCGCGGUCUACUCAACCUUCGAGAUCGAGGACGACUUGCGGGACAGCUUCAUCCGCGGCAUUCAAGCCGACCCCGGGUUUCGCGACAACUACGCAAAUUGUUCCUCUCCCAAUCCGGCGCCUUCGCACUAUCGUAUACAAGAGGGAUACUUGCUUCUUCACUCGCGGGGGAAGGAUCUUCUUUGUGUGCUGCAAGAUUCACAUUUGCGCACUCGGCUUCUUGGCGAUUYCCACGACGCCCCCGCCACUGGACACUUUGGAGUCAAUCGCACGAUUGGCCGACUACGCGAGCGCUUUUGGUGGCCCGGCCUCCUUGACGACGUCUCGCGCUAUUGCGAGUCAUGCGAAGUUUGCCGACGUUGCAAACCUCGCAAUCAUCGUCCUUAUGGGGAACUGCGACCAUUGUCGGUCCCCUUGCGCCGAAGGGAAGCGAUUGCCAUGGAUAUCACCAGGCCGUUCCCCAAGCACAAGACGGGCGUCGAUGGGAUUCUCAUGGUGGUUGAACGCCUCACCAAGUUUGCCUUGUUCUUGCCUUGCCGCUAUCACGCCAAGGCACCGGAGUUGGCUGAGGUUCUCUACGCCGGUUGGAUUCGAACCAAGGGUUACCCCAAGGAGAUCGUUUGCGACUGUGACACUCGGUUCAUGUCCGAUUUUUGGUUGGCGCUCAUCAAACGAUGGGGCUCAUCCCUCAAGCCAAGUUCGGCUCGCCACCCCCAAACCGAUGGCCAAACGGAGAGGGCACAUCAGAUCGCACAGGUCCUCCUUCGAACUCUCAUCCGUCCCGACCAGAAAGAUUGGGUUGAGCGGUUGCCGGAUGUCGAGUUGGCAUACAACUCGUCCAUCCAUCCGGCUAUCGGGAUUUCGUCCUUUGAGUUCGAGCAUGGCUCACCGGUCAAUUCUCCGUUGGACACAAUCCUUCCACGGACGGCUGAGAGCGACGACAACCUCCUCUUCAUUCGUCGGAUGCAAGAGCUUCUUGUCAAGGCACGUGACCAGAUGGCACAGACGCAACAACGUAUGCGCCAACAGGCCAACCGCCAGCGUUUUCCUUGUCCAUUCCGCGUCGGCGACCUCGUAUGGGUUUCCGCUGCAGAAUUCAGCCUCGAACAAGACAUCUCUCGCAAGCUCCUUCCGAAAUGGAUGGGGCCCUGGCCGAUCGAGGCACCCGCUGGGGACGCACCCGAAGGACCUUCAUUCGUCAUUAAUGUGCCCGCCCACUUGCCCGUCAACCCGGUCUUUCACUGUUCCAAGUUGGCCCUCUACACGCCAGCAGAACUUGAUGACUUUCUCGGGCGACGAUCGCAAGACCCACCCUCGAUGGACGGUUUCCAAGAGGUUGGCGACAUCAUAUCCCAGCGACGUUACGGCAACAGGCCGACUAAAUUUUUGGUCCACUUCGCAUAUUGCACCCAUAGAGCUGACCGAUGGCUGACUCGUGUGGAACUUCAGGAAACAGCGCCCGAUGCUCUCGCACGCUACGAACAGAAGUUGAAAGGCGAGCCGGCAUCUUCAGCUCCACGGCGCACACGCGUCCAAGUACCGCCUUAAGAUCGUCAGCUUCGCCCCCGACCGGCUUGACUUCAUAAG